UGAAGUCAUGGCGUGAACUGGAACCAUGAGGAAAGACGGGUGCUUCUUUGCGCAAGCGCAGAACCGCAAUGCCUCCAAGGGGCAGAAGUGUUUGUUUCCUCUCUAGCAGCUCCUACGCCGCUUGUUUCGCCACGCCCCCUGGGAGUUAUAGUCAUUUUGCUAUCCUCGGUCUAUGACUGCCCAUCCGGAUGGCGGGCUUCAGAACUACAUUUCCUAGGAUGCCACCUGACGGCGGGGACGGGAGGCGAGGAGGGACACAGACGUGAAAGCCCAGGAAAAAAGAUGGAAGUGGUGGGGACGGCCGAAACCGAGGGAGUUGAGAAGAAGAAGGCCGUGGGCAGCUCGGGUGCUCCAGUGUCGUUCAGCUUCACGCGGACAACCGUGAGGAGGCAGCUUCUCGCCGCGACGCGGCAAGAUGGCGGAGAAACGAAACAGGAGCCUGAUUUUCUUCGCUCCGUUGAGGGGCGGGAGUUACAAAGUGUACGGCCAGCGCCGCAGCCCAAAGAGCUUGUGAUCCCCCUGAUUCAGAAGAACCAAUGGAAGAAGCCAGCAGACUCCGCUCCCCGCCAAGACCUGGAUGGGAGUGAUGGGGUUGAAGCCCAAGCAGUCCGGGAACUCAUUGAAGAAUCCAAGAAGUCGCAGGAGCAGUGGGAGAGCGGCAGCAAGACCGACCCCUCCUUUGCUAUCCCCCUCCUCAUGCAGAACCGUGUUCCCGAGGGCUACGAGGACGGAGAGAAGGUGGACGUCAGCCUCCGCCCAGAAUCGUCAACAGAGGCCGACUAUGAAGAGGUGCCAGUUGAAGCCUAUGGCAUCGCCAUGCUGAAGGGUAUGGGCUGGAAGGCUGGCGAGGGCAUCGGGCGGACCUUCAAGCAGGAUGUGAAACCACCGGAGAACCGUCUUCGGCCCAAAGGUCUGGGCCUUGGAGCUGACCUCUCAGCGGCCAAGGAUUUGGAACCUUCCAGGCCCCGGCGCCCCCUGAAGCCAGGCGAGGAACAGUCGAAGGGCAAAGAUGAGCCGUUGGGAUUGGUGGCGGGAGGUGCCGUUUUCAUUGAGGCCGGACCCCACAAAGAGCUCUAUGGAAAGAUCGAAGGCACGGAUGCUGACAACGCUCGUGUCAUGGUAAAGCUGGCCAUUGGCGGCAAGAUUGUGACCAUGAGCCAGCACGGAGUGCGCCCCGUGACCCAGAAGGAAUACGAUAAAUUUGCCAAAGACCUCAGCCACCUCAGCAAGGCCCACAGAAAGAAGGAGGCGGAGCGGACGAAUGGGGCCGAGCACGACCCAGAGAGCAAAGCCGCGCCUGCUAAAAAGGAGGAGAGACACAAAAAGAGAAAGCAUUCCCCGGAGGCUGAAAGAGAUGAACACCUGGGAAAGCACAGCAAGGCAGGUACCAGCAGCCACUCCUCGUCCAAAAGGCCGCACUGGUUGUGGCGAGACCUACGAGUCCGCUUUGUGGAUAAGCUCUACAAGGGAGGCAAAUACUAUAAUACCAAAAUGGUCAUUGAAGACGUCCUGAAGCCAGAUACUUGUGUCUGCCGGACUGAAGAGGGCCGAAUCCUGGAUGGUAUCCAAGAAUCCAUGCUGGAGACUGUGAUUCCUCGGGGGGAUUCAGAUCGGGUGAUGGUGGUUCUGGGGGACCACGCUGGCCAGGUGGGCCGCAUUAUGCAUCGAAACAAGGACCAAAGCUGUGCGUUGGUCCAGCUGCAGCGGGAUGAGGACAGGCUGCUGACCCUGGAGUACGAUGCCAUCUGCCACUAUGUUGGUGCGUCAGAGGAUGACUGAGAGUCGCUGGGCCUCUGCAGUGCAAAAGAGCCUCACCUCCCCCAAACCUUCCUUCCUCCUCUCUUGUGGAAACACUGUGGCCUCCUCCCUCCUCUACAGCUCAGGCACCUGAGCAACCAUCACCGGGUUCAAGGGGGGGCGAGUUCUGCUCAGCAACAGGCUUUCUAGAGCAUGUUGGUUGGCCAGGGGGAGAACUGAGAACCCCUCAGGAGCCUAGAACAAGGAAAUGCAAUAGCUAAUCUAAUCAGGAACAACGGCCCACUAUUGCGGGUAGUCGCUGGCUUGCUGUACAGCAGCAGGACGUUUGGCUGGCCUGCCCCAGUUCAGCGGAAGCUGGAUUUGACUCAGUUAUCCCAGUGGGGAUUUUUCUCCACUCUACAUUUUUAAAAUGCCCUCCAGUGACAGCUGUGAUUUGUGUGACAGUUGCGACAAAUGCCUCGAUCCGACCAAAUGCCAGGUGCUUUUUGCAUGUUCACAGGGGGAACCGGAGGCAUCUAUUUUUAACCUAGAUUUCUCAUCAGUUGCUGGUGGAAAUCAUGACAGCAGGUUUGCAGGCAAGAUCUGUAAUGUGGCAAAGAGCCCUGGGUUCCUUGGAGGGUUUGGGGCAUAACUGAUCUCAUUGGGCCCUCGGGACAUGAUCCAAAAGGAAGAGGCAGCAUUUGCUUUUAAAAGUUCCAGGGCGACCAUUUUGGAUCCUGAACUGAUAAUGAUUUCAGCCACACUGGAAGAAGGGCAGGGAGCUACUGCAUUUACUCAAGAGGAAAACAACGCUGGAUGAGUGAGCACACGCACCCCACCCCACCCCAUUCCUCUGUCUCUCCCUCUCUCCCCUUCUUUCCCUGCCCCUGAUGGUUGGGUCAGGCUGCAGGUUCAAAUGCAAUUCCAGCAGCAGGACAUUGCAUGCCUUAAGACCAGCAGGCACUCGCCAGAGUCAUAGCAGUGACAGAUAAAGCAUAAGCCCAGAGCUUCCAUAAGGGGAUGAAGUAGUCGGAGGACACACAGGCAUCGGUCUCUUGGAGAGUUCUUUGCCAGUGCAAUUUUUCAUGGUGCUCCAGAGGUUAAGGCUACAGCUGGGGUUGUCUGGAAUUCGGGUCCGUCUGCUCUCCUUGGACAUGACAUCUUCCCCUGUAGCACCAAAGCUGGACCAAGUGGAGCACUCACCCUGUCAUCCAGAUUCCAGUCAUCAGCACGACCUUCAUUGGUCCCGCUCAGGUUGCUGGCAGCGCGUCUGUGAUGUUUCGUGGGAUCUGCAGCUACUGUGAUGAACAAUGGCGCAUUCUCCACGGCAUCAAAGUAUAUCUUCGUCGCUGGCUUCCCCUUUUCACGGCCGGCACACUCCCUUUGGGUGAGUGGGUGACAGUCUUCACAGUGAGCCCCGGGGCUCCUCGACAGGCCCUUUCCAAGCUGUUGCGCUGCCCGGCUAACUGCUCAAUGGUCUCUUCCAGACGGGUCUGGCUGCUGAUGCUCUUACUGGAGUGCCCACGGCCAUUUCCAGCUGUGGGCCUCUGCUAACUCCAGGAAAUCCCAACAAGCAUUGAUCAUAGCAUUGGAGGUGAUCCCGGAGGGCGUGGCUCGCUCGUUGAGGGCUUGGAGCUUCUCCCUGCUUCUGGCGGGCAGCUUCAGGUUUUGCAGCUCCCUCCGAGACCUCUGGAGAGCUGCCCCGUGCUUCGCCAUGAGGUGGUUGCAAGGGCUGCGAUCCUCCAGCUCCCUCGAGAGGUUUCUCUUGUCAGACGGCGAGGCUGGCUCCUCACUACCAGAGUCAUAUAAUAGCUGCAGCUCACAGGAACACUCAGCUACCUACCACCGAGCCCAGAACUACUCAGGCUCAUCAGCAGGUGACAGGCAAAGGGAUACAGGAGGCGCCAGACAGGUGCCUUGCCCUGCAGGGCUUCACCAAACACUGAGGCCCUGCAAACUGUCCUCGGAUCCUGAACUGGAGAUCACCAAUGGACUGUUGAUGUAUCCUUUUGAAAGGGGAGCUACGUGCUCAGAAGUUCAGCAAGAGUAUUUGCAAAUGGGCCUCUUUCAACCCUCCUGCGUGAGAAACAGGCAAGCCAAGGACGCGUCUUUCAUUGGCUCUGCUGGCCAACUUAGCGGAGCCAGCACACCAACCGAAUCAGCUCCCGCUGGCUUUAUUUAUGGAGGGUUUUUAAAAAAUAUAUGUACUGUAAAUAAACACCUGGAGUUUC